AUAAGCGAAGUUUAUGUCAUUGAGAUUCUCUACUAGAACACUUAUCACGUAAUGUUGAAAAUAAUUUGUCAUCGUUUUCUGAACCGCAGAGCAGAAAUGUUACCUAUUUUUGUCAUUAUGUAGAUCUAGAGUCAGUCGGACCCGUGCACGAUUGCUUAAUGAAAGAGAAUCAUAAAGCAUUUGUGGAACAUAACAGGAACGAAGAAGGCAACAACAAUGCAUCAGUGCUCCGUUUGCCAGAAGGGCUUCCCGAGUGCGUCUAAACUCCAAAGACACUAUCUCAUACACACAGGCCAGAAACCAUUUAUCUGUUUAGUUUGUGGCAAAGCCUUUCGGCAAUCAGUACAUUUAAAGAAACACCGUGAGACUCACACAGGGAAUUCACACAAUUGGAGUACCCAUGCAGACAGUUUGCAACUUCCCGUACCAAUACCUACAACCAUUGAUCCGUCAUUUGACAAAUCCGGACAUUAUAAUUUGAUUAAUGGGACCCCACCGCUGCCUACAGUGUCUUUUUACAAAGAUGGAGAAAUCCAGAAGACACCACUAGAGACAUAUGCUACAGCCUCAGAGACCAAACCAGACCUGAUCCCACUUGAAGAUAAUAGUUGCUUUAUCAGCCAACAAAGCACACUGCCUGAUGGACAUUACUUCACAAGUUUAAUACUCCAAGAUAACGCUAUUGGCUCUGAUGGAACGGAGAACGGUGUGUGGCACACAGACGAUGUCCACACAUGUACAGUCUGUCUGAUGUGUUUUAGUUCAUCCCGGCAGCUUCAGAGGCACUUACCAGUUCACAGUCAGCCAAAACCUUUUGAGUGUAACAUUUGCGGGAAGACUUUCAGAUUAAGGGCACAUUUGAAAAUGCAUUCUCAGAUACAUGAACGUAAACCUACUGGAUUUUCUAAAUCCAUCUCCAUGCUUGCAUCUCAGCAGUGCACUUCCAGACUUAGAAUGAGGGUGAAUCACGAAUGUCCGACCUGUUCAAAAACAUUCUGUUCCCCAUCCAAAUUAAAGCGUCAUUUUCUCACUCACACUGGCCAGAGGCCCUUUUCUUGUGAGGAAUGCGGAAAGAAAUUCAGGCAGGUUUCACACCUGAAAACCCACUUGUAUGCCUCACACCAUACAUCAAAUCUCAGAAGUGUUGGUACCAAACAGAAAGGCCAACCAAUAGACACUAAAAACACAAAUGUAGAGAUUCAGUGUGAGAUAAGCGUCAGUGCCCCACAGAACCCAGACAAGUUUGAAACAAAGUCCCCGUUUUCUGUCAAAGUUGAGCCGCAUGUUAGUGGCAGCAGUCAGAUUCGGUGUAGUAUUUGCUCAAAGACGUUCAUCAGUUCAGUUAGACACAGGCAUCAUUAUAUGGCACAUAAAGAAGUAAGACCCUUUCAGUGUCGCGUCUGUGGCAGAGCCUUCCGCCUUUCAACCCAUUUGAAGAGGCACCAAGUCAGUCACAGGAAACCGGAGAAAACUCGGACCACAACUCGGGCGGAUAAUCACGGGGACGCUGUGACUAAGACGGAACAGGUUUAUCCAAAGCCUGACAAAGGAAUUACUUCCCCAGAGCCUGAUGAGUCGGAAUCUCAUGAGCUCAAUAUUAUAGUCAAACCGGAGCACUGGAAGCCAAACGUAAAAGUGGAUGAAGACUUUCCAGUUCUAACUCUGCAGGAUCCUGAAUCAACUGCAACUUUUCACCUGAAGAUGCCGGUAUCUAGUCAAACCAACAGCCAAUGUAACAAGAUCAGUCUGAAAACAAAGAAUCAGCCGCUGAAGCAUCAGUGUCUUGCAUGCCUUAAAACGUUCCCCUCUCCAUCCAAACUGCAGAGGCAUAUGUUGACCCACACUGGACAGAGACCCUUUGGGUGCCAAAUGUGCGGGAAGAGAUUUCGCCAGCCAACACAUUUGAGGAUCCACUCACGCACUCACGUGUGGUCUAGAAAUGCCAAGCCAGGAUGCACUCCGCGUUCUAGGACUCCUUUGCGCCGAAUGACUGAGUACAAAGAGUCUCCAAUGGAUGUCGGAUUUCAGGAAAAUCUUGCUGAUGAGGACAAUUCUGAUAGUAGCUUUAAAGUCAACUCUUCAACAGAGAGACGGACAGAACAUGGAGGCGUUGUGUUUGCGUGUGAAGAAAAUGAAAGCAGUAGUGAACGGCAGUGGAUUCAGUGUUCAGCAGACUCCCUGUCCAGGCCUCCGCUCACUCUCCAAAUGCCACCAGAGAAAAUGCUGAGUCAAAGUGGACCGUUAGAGUUAAAACAUCUAGCGACUAAUUCUGAAGGAGAAGUUCACAAUAGCCCUUACCAGAGCACCAGUCCUCAUUUGGCUUUGAAAGGAGCUGAUGUCAUUCCUGUGGGGAAUACAAGCCGAACAAAACACCAGUGUUUGUUAUGUUUCAAAUGUUUCCCAUGUGCAUCUAAACUACAAAGACACAAUCUAGUGCACACUGGCUUGAGGCCCUUCCAAUGCCUGGCAUGUGGGAAAACAUUCAGACAGGCCACACACCUGAAAGUCCACGAGCGAACUCACAUUAAGUGGAAUCCCUUCAGACCUGCCUCUCGACUGGGAAAUAGAAUAAAGAUGCGAAGGCAGCAACAUCUUCAGUACCCUAAAGUCCGCGUUCAAGUCCCUGCGGAUAAUUCAAUGAAAAAAGAGCAGUUUCUUUCAGAAGGCAUAACGGAAUCUCAACAAGUCCAGGAGAAUGUAGAGGCUACCUGUAAUAAUCAAGCAACAGCACACCAGGAAAAUAGCAUUAUCAAGCCUCCUAAACAAUCAAUACAAAACACUGUGCGCCUGCUCAAUAACUCCAGUCCUAUGAACAAAGUGACCGGUGUUACCAGAAAAGCCCACCUGUGCACGAUUUGUCAGAAGGGCUUUGACACUCCAUCUAAACUAUCCAGACACUUUCUCAUACACACUGGGAUGAGACCAUUCAAAUGCACAUCAUGCUCUAAAACCUUCAGACAGCCUUGCCACCUGAGAAGCCAUGAACGCCGAAUGCACGAGAAUAGAACAUGCAAUGGUAUCCGGGAUAACCUGGCCGACCCUGAUUGCGAUAUGCUCGCCUCCACUCAAGGGCAGAAACAGGGAGACCUGCCGCAGUCCUGCAAAGACAAUUCCGACCACUGCUCAGCCACUGAUAAGGAUUUAGGUCAUUGUCCACAGGCAAAAGAGACAGAGUUUGUGGCAAUACAAGACAUAGCAGAUCAUAAUUUGGAAUCUGGGAGUAAACUAAGUGAGGACUAUUGGUGCGCUGAGUGUCCCUGUCACUUUUUGUCCCCGUCUGAGCUUGCCGCUCAUCUUAACGUUCACAGACAAAUCGUAAACGAUGAGAUGGCGGGUCCGACUUUCUCGCAACAGGAAACGGGGAGUCCUAUGGAUUCCAUUCAGCUGGCUUUUCAAACGGGUCAUGUUUUAGCAGAUGCAGACCGUCAUGAUGUCCAGAAUGAGAGGCUGGAUCAUUAUUGGUGUGAACCAAUUCACACUCCUUUUCAGUGUGACACAUGUGUUACGUAUUUUGAAACAGAAAGGGAUCUUCAGCUCCACAAAUGUGUUUCGAUAAAUCAUAGCGAGGUCAAUCAGUCUUGCCCGUAUCAGUGUGCAAUUUGUUUCAAGGAUUUCAAAACUCCCUCCAAACUCCAGAGGCAUUAUGUCACCCACACGGGUGAGAGGCCAUUCCAGUGUAAAGCGUGUGACAAGACGUUCACUCAAGCAUCUCACCUUAAAACACACCAACGCACUCACAAAUAAGACACUGUCUGGAUGUUUUCAUUGGCCUAUAUGAUUGAGCUUAAUAUUUUCCCUGUUUAGUGUGCCCAUACCACUGUAUAGAAAGGGCAUAUUUAUCAUAUUAAUUUAAUAAAAUGUGCCUUGUGCUGCAUUUCGUUGAUUGAAUUUAAUAUGAAUUUAUUGUCAUGUGUAGUUACACCAGCUAUGGUAUUGUAUAAUGAAUGUGCAUGUUAUUGGUAAUAAUAGUUUAUUCAAAUCAAAUGCAUUAUUGCCAUACUUUGCUGUGAUUAAUGCAAGUUUGUGUGACAUACUGUAAAAAUAAAUGGACAUUACUAUGCUAUUUUA